GCACAAUCGUCUUGUAAGAAGAUGUGUAAACUAUACUAAUUUAACGUUGUGAUCAAUAGCGCUGCCAUGAAACAAUUCAGUGUGAGAUGGACAGAUUUUAUAUCGCAAAAGGACAUCCAUGUGUCCGUACAAGAUUACCCCUAAAAAACAAAAGAAUAUCCUGGACAGCAGAAAUACGAACUUUAAAGGCGAUUUUCCUCUACAAUGGAUGUGCUCCAACUGCAAACAGCCCUCGGGCGUUACCUUAAGAUCAAACCAGAGGGAUCGAAGGCAAUAGCUACGUAUAUAUUUGUGAAUUACUAUGGGAGUAUAUGCGCUAAAUCCAGGACACUGUCUAAAGAGCCUGCUUCAAUUCAUGAUGUGCCAAAAUGGUCGUUUGGGGUAAGUGACAGAAUGGUAGAUAGCGACGUCACCCUCGUACCAGUUGCUCUGUUCAAAGAUCCAUUUCUGCUCGGAGCCAACAAACUUGUUGUAUGUGACGCGACCCGUAAUGGACAGCCAUUCGGCCCAAAUAAACGUACGGCUUGCGAACAAGUCAUGCGGCUUUGUGCCGACCAAGAGGUACAGAUAGGUAUGGAACAGGAGUACACGAUGCUUGAUACGGAGGGUAAACCGUUGGGUUGGCCAAUAAGAAUUCACUUAAACGUUCCCAUUGAAUGUCGGGGUUAUAUCUGCGGUGUGGGCUCUGACCGUGUGCACGGACGGGCGUUGUCAGAUGCGCAUUAUCUAGCUUGCUUGUACGCCGGGGUUACGAUUAGCGGAACAAAUGCUGAAGCGACAAUCUCACAGUGGGAGUUUCAGGUAGGCCCGUGUGAGGGGGUUGCAAUUGGAGAUCAUAUGCUUGCAGCUCGUUACAUUCUACUUCGUUGUUCUGAAGACUUCGGCAUUUACGUGACGUUUGAUCCCCUACCGAUCGAAGGCCCGUGGACUGGAACCGGGUGUCAUGUCAACGUUUCUACAAAAGCAACGCGUUCGGAAGGAGGAAUGAGCGCAAUCUACGCAGCCAUUAAGAAGCUAUCGAAACGUGUUCCGGAACAUCUUGCAGUCUGCGAUCCACGGGGCGGAGCGGAUAAUCAGCGUCGCCUGGAAAAGGGCUUAUUUUGUCCAAAACUCGACAACUUUACUUGGGGUGUGGCAGAUCGAUCUGCGGCAGUGCGGAUACCUCGGCAUGUGGCUGACGUUGGCCGUGGCUAUUUUGAGGACCGAAGGCCCGCAUCGAACUGUGAUCCGUACGACGUCGCAAAACGAAUGGUAGAAACUAUCUGUUUAGAUCAGUAAUUUGAAUAGGAGUGAUAGCCCCGGGGCAUAGAUUCCACCUAUCUAGAGAAUUAUCCUUUUAUGAUUAUUUUUUUGUUAAGGCCGUACUCGAAGCAUUAUUUUGUAACGGACAGCUUUACGAGCCGAUAAUAAAACGUGAAUUCUCAGUAUUAUUGAUAGUAUUAUUAUUUUUUAAUAAACAUGUCCACAUGCGAUAAAACCAGUAUAAUCCACUCAGCUGAGAAAAAAAUAACACCAAUUUGCGGAUAUGCGUUGCUGAACUAUCGCUAGAGGCUACAAAUCACAUUGGCUGUAAUGGAUAGCUACUUGUAAAACCUGAGCUAGACUCUUAAAAAAAAAUUGCUAACUUUUACCAACAUGUGGUGAUGUUAGGGUCACGUAGUAUUUCGCAAAAGACGCGCAUAUUUUAUAACGCUGUCUUCGCAAACAUACACCCUUGAUGAAUCUGGACUGCCUGGUCCUUCGCUCGCUGAUCUCCCUGUCUUCGUUGAGUAGUUUCCGUACCGUUUACUUUGGGUAGCAGAAUUCGACUGACAGCCAGCCAAUUACAUUGCAUUAUGUCGCUGUUAAUAAAUGGAAAUGUGUUAACGUUAACGACGUGGUAUUUGCUGUGUGUUACAAAUGGGAAGGAAAAGCCUAAGGAAAAACACCUAUUUUUCAAUGCACGCUUGCUUUUUACUCUAUCCCGUAAUGUUACAUCGUGGAUAAAUUAUCUGAAAAAGGUGGAAUGUAUAUCUGUCUCCUCUAUGAUUGAAGCUCUUUUACAAGCAAAGGAAGCAACCUCUACCUGUCGACUAGGUUCAUUUCGGGCGUUGUUGCUCGUAAUAGAUUUUAGAACUUAUGGCCAGACCUGUCAAACAAUUCAGCUCAAUUCCAAGUACGAAAUCAAUAUCGACUUAAGGCAGUGCAGUAUGUUUCCUACGGAAAAGCUACGUGCAACCGAAUUGAAAUUGUUCCAGGUUCCCAAAUAACUAUGGCUACUAUGUUUUUUGUGGUACAAAUUAUAAACCGCACUGUAAUACUUGUAUAAAGCAUAUCUAUUGCUACUUUUGGGUAGAAUGAUAAUAAAUAACCUAUACGUCACUCUCGUAAAUAGAACAGUGUUGACAAGAUAUCCUAUUUUCUACAUCACAUGUAGAAAUCACCUACCUGAUUCAAUGUUUCUUAACAGGCAGAAAAUAUAUCUAGGUCUAUAUUUUUCUUACCCUUAGAAUUUUCUUGCGAGUUUGGCUUAUCUUAAGCUCGAAUUGGUCACUACCUUAUUUAAUCAUCUGGUAACUCGACGAUACCAAUACUCCGAUUUAUAGUGAAUCGUACAUUGAUUCUAAUGUGACGGAUUUGAUAGAAUAUUGCGUAUGCUGAAAUCGUAACUAACUGCUGGCCUUUUUCUGUCAGUUACUGUCGUCUAUCCGACGAAUGACUGCGAUUUGAUAACCACAAAGCUUGUAUCAUACAAAAUGGUGAGUUUGGCUAAAGUGUCGUCUAAAUUUUCGGAAUAUACGCGUAGAUUCUCAGAGAGGGUAAUAGUUCAGGCGCUCGUGCAAUUGGGCUACACUGUAUAGAAAUUAAAUGGGUAUAAUACAUUUUUAGGACCGAUAAAGGCCUUACAUAUUUUGGAGAACAAUAUUAACCAUGCAAUAAAGGUUUUAGGUUAGUGAUAUGGGUAAUCGUUCUGUAGAAAAAUUUAGGUUUUGAUUUAUCGAAGUAGAUUGCAGAAUCUCGCAGAAUCCGAAUGUAUGAUCUGCCUCAGGUUUGAUGUUAAUGUAUGGAGCUCCAUUAAAGUGAUAUACAUUGAGUAAAGGCUGGAAGGAAGAGGGCGCCGAACAAGUCAGUACAUGACUUCCAGAUGUGUGUAGCUCAACCAGCAGUGAACGCCGUUGUAGGGGAAACGGAAAUUUUCUUUUGAGAGUUCUAUGGAAAAGGUAAUGGAAAGGGAAAAAAAUGACAUUGCAAAUUGUAAUUUGUAUUUAAGAUAAGAUGCAAUAAUAACGUCAAUAUUGACCAGGUUAAGGAGAAGAAAACUUCGUUUAUUCUACAGUUGUUCAAAGUCAUCAGAAGGGAUGUGUCAAGUACGCCUUUCCAACCUUUACUGUGCUUUCAAACUUUUUUCACACCAUUGAUUUUAGAAACUGGCUUCUUUGCCAUUUGCGCACGAUACAUAUUAUCUAAGUUUGUGGACAGAUGCGUCAGGUAGGGAGAUGGUAAUAACCUUAUGUGGUAACCUUGCAAAAUAACACUUUUAAACUGUGUAGGACCUAACGAAAAUCAACAAGAGGUAGGUAGAUUGACGGUACAAAUUGUAUAGAACAUUCAAGGCCUUUUAACUAGGCCAAUAUGGAUGCUGUCAUCACUGUCCGUCAAACAAAAACAAGGAGAUCAGCCGACGUCGUGUCCAGCAUAAUUUCUCACGUUUACGAUAAUAAUCUAAGCAGUGAGGCGUCAAGCUAGAACAGUUACAGAAAAUAUUGUCUAACAAAUAAUUUCAAAAUUCCUAGAAAAAACAUUUGAGAAAUAUCGCUGAACGCUAAUUAUUUUCGAUUCAUGUCGGUAUAUAUAUAUAUACCAUAGAUACUCAAGGUGUACGCUCAUGCAACCACCCUUGAAGAUAUCAACUAGCUUGUUGAGGCUUAGAAGUGAGCCGUGAAGUGCAAGGAUAAUCUGAAACAUGUGGCGUUUAGAUCCCCAGUGUCGAUCCCUCGGCAUUUAGUUCUGUUUAUUUAAGAAACGUUAGUGGAUCCAACCGAACCCACUUAUUAUAUUGGUUUGUCAAAUAGUUUUUCAACACUUGAUAUAGUUUACUGUUUAAUACCGGUUAAUGUGUUACUAGUUGAGCUUUUCCCAUUAGAAGACACGAUAAAAAUAAUAUCACUAGCUCUUCACAACGAUUCUGCACUGCUACCCAACAGCCAGAAUCGCCGUAUGGUAUCGCAACGUUAACUGUUUGUCGGUACGAGGCAGUCACCUUGUCCAGGCGUCUCGACGGUAAGUGGACAGCCGAAUAACGCGCAGAAAACUUUUCCUAAACGUAACGCUGACUAUCGUCAUAGCAAUAAUACGACUAAGAUAAUUGCAGAGCUCAUUCUCUUCGUAAUUAGCUAAUAGAUAAGCAGAUAGGGCGCGGAAAAAAGAGAGAUUACAACAUUGAGCCCAUAAGCAUUUACGCCAUGCUAAAAUUAACUGUUUGGCCCAGUUUGUCCAUGGCAUGUGGACGACGAUAUCCACGCGCUGUACGAGCCACUCGUCCGCCAGCCAAGCAAUGUCUAUUUACUACAGUGGACCCCAAAGGCACCUCAAGUGUCUUCGAGAUGUUAUAUAUAAUCCCUUUUACUUCUCGCCCUUUCUCCCAUCUGGGGGAUUUAGUACCCGCAGAUCAGGGGAUGAGCUACAAAGCAAUCAUCGGUCAACUACAACCCACUGUCCAGUUGAUCCGAAAGUGAUCGGUAUAUCGUUGCAGUUUUUAGCAACGAAAGUUUAUGCCACGAGAAGAAACCGAACAGGCCAGUAUUGCGUCCACGCCCCUUCUGAGGUGGCAUUGGAAUCUUCACGGCUACGGAUCAUUGAAUCAUCAAGCAGCUGCUAAGCUCGUUCAGCGCCAAGUGGAUUUUGUACGCUAGCCGUUAUAGCUAUGAGUACACCAGCGUGAAUAUCUAUUUUAGAAAAAACCACAUAACUAAUUCUCUCCAUUUAAUACAGUCGCCUUUGGAUUUGGUAGGUUUAUAAUUGGAUGGAAAGUUUCAUCAAGGCAAAGUGGGAAGUUGGACGAUUUAAGUUGAAAAUGUGCGCGUCUUUAACUGGACAUUCAUGAGUAAUAACAAAAAAGCUUAUAUAUUCUCUACGGCAUUUCAUGCUUUUCCUCUGUUGAACCUAAUUCAAUUGCUGUAACUUGUCCUAGGCCAGUGCCAUUCUCUCUCUGGUUAUGAAAAUUUUACUCUAUACAAAGUAUACUCGAACCCAGUACGAGCAGCAGAAUAGUACUUCCUGUUGUUAACCGAUUUCAGUUUUUCGCUAACGUAAUAGAUACUGAGAUUGUUACUUAUUGACCCGAAGCAAACGUGUGCUACAAAGGUCAAAUUGUGGAUUUCCAGUAGUAAUGUUUAUGGAGCGUACCUGAAAUUAAAUUUUCACCAAUAAGACUUUAGACAUUGACACCUUAUUGCGGCCUGAAUUUACUGAACGAAGUUUACAGAAGGAGGAGGUUUACAUUAUUACUACUAAGGACAGCUAGAGUGUUUUAAUUACCAAUUUAUUUCUCGUUGUCAGACGGAUCGAUGACGCCGGAUUUCACAUGGUAGGAUGUAAACAAAGGCUUAUUAAGGGUUGAGUUAACUGGAAGGCUCGAUUUACUUAAUUAAGUGACACAAACGUGCCCGCCGUGUAUCUGUUUAUCUGUAGAACAUACAUACAUGAGACCCGUUGCAACAGGUCGUAAACAGGUUUUAAACCUAAUGAGAAUUAGCGUGUAUGAAGAGUAUAUUAAAUGCGUGUCAAAAGUAUGUGUCAACUUA